CUUUCACUGUCUGUCUGUCCUCGUUAACCUGUUUUAUAAAUUGGUCCUCCAAUUACCUAUUCUUCUUCCCCUUCCCCUUCUCCUCUCUUCUGUUCAACCCCUUUUGUUCCUCUAGAUUUCCUCUUCUACCCUCUCCCUGAAGCUUAGGCUUUGUUUUUCUUUGGUGGGAGUGGUUAGUUCUUAAUUUUGACCCAAAACCCAUUUGGUAAUCUAUUGAAUAUUGGUGGAUUUCUUUGCAGGAAUCAAAGGCAUAUUUUUAAAAAAAAAAAGUUUCUUUCUUUGAAUCUUGAUGCUGAUGAUAAUAUCUCUCUAUGUUAAUGUUUGACCUUCAUGUCUCCCGUUCUCUGUGAAAUCCUUCGUUCCGGGUUUAUGAUAAAUUCCUCCUUCAGGCGCAGGACCCACUUGGUUCAAUCAUUCUCUGUUGUGUUCCUCUACUGGUUCUAUGUUUUUUCAUUGUUCUGCAGUUUAGUAUUAUAUAUGAUUAUAUAACUUAGUAAUAAUUUAGCUCAAUCCGGUGUUUUUUUGUUAGUGUUUCUGGGUCCUGCGUCUUGAUUAAAAUUUUGUCAAGCUAUUUUUAAUCUUUGUUUUGGAAGUUAAAUAAUCUCCCAGAAGACCACAAGACAAGUAACUUACUAAGUGUCUUUGGUCUUGGGACUUGUGGUGUAAUAUUUCAUGGCCUCAUCCAGUGGAAACUCCUCUAUGUGCACCAAAAUUCAGAGCUCUGGGUCUGAAGAGGAUUUGCAGCUCAUGAUGGAUCAAAGAAAAAACAAGAGGAAGCAAUCGAAUCGGGAAUCAGCAAGAAGAUCUCGGAUGAGAAAACAGAAUCAUUUAGAUGAUAUGAUGAGGGAGGUGUCUCGGCUCACAAAGGACAAGAGUGAAAUCAUCACGAGCAUAAAGGUCACAACACAGCAAUAUCUGAAUGUUGAGGCAGAGAAUUCCAUUUUGAGGGCCCAGAUGACGGAGCUUAGCCAAAGACUUGAAUCACUUAAUGAUAUCAUCAACCUCAUCAACGCAACCACUAGCUCCUAUGAAAGGGAUUGCUACCAAUCAAGUGCACAAAAUUUCUUCAAUAUGCUUUCUCUUAAUGAACCCAUUACGGCUUCUGCAGGCUUUUUUCAGUGGUGAAUUCUCUCAGGCCUUCUUCAAUAUGACAAAUAAAAUAAUAAUAAUAAUAAUAAUAAUAAUAAGUGUUUGUCCAUGCUUGUUUGUAAGGGAAUUGCUACGUGGUGGAAUCAAUGAGUGAGUAAAUUUGUAUGUAUUAGUACAGUACAGUACCUAGGGUGAGGCAAUAUUUAGUGGGAGAUAGAUAAACAGAACUGUGAAGUGCUUAAUGAAAAUGACGUAGUGACCUGGUCCCAUGGGUGUCAAUGACUCAAUGUUAUGUAAAAAAGAGGGUUCUUUUCUUUUUUAUGGCAAAAAAAAAAAAGAAAAAGAAGAAUUCGGUGUAUGUGUAACCUCUGCUUGUAUAUGUUAUUAAUGUAUUGUAUGGAGUGCUUGCUUAAUGUAAAAAAU